UUCACCAACACAGCUUCUUCACAACAGCAACAAAUAUCUCAUUUGGCAAUAUGUACAUACAUUAAAUUUCUUCAUCAUUCUCAAAGUGUCUGAUGAAUCAAUACACAAUUCUUAUGGCGGGGUAAAAUUGUAUUCGUCCUGUUUGAUUCAAUUCUUUAAUAUUUUGGUUGUCGACCUAAAAUGCACAGUCGGUGGUGGUAGUUCAGGCUGGUGGGAUAAAUCUGACAAAAUAAAUGGGACGAGUGUAACCGAUAUCGUGAUUUUACACCCGAUGGUAAUUUAUACCAUAGCCUGGCCUACACUACUUCUGUCGCUUUGGCGGCUUUGUCGUAUGGCUGGUACUGAGCCCAGUCGCUUGGAGAGACAAAGGGACAAAACGAAGAUAUCGCGACGUAUACUCUCACUCCUAUCGUUCGCAACAUUCUCCCUCUCCGUCAUAUUUUAUCUCGGACAUUUCCCCUCCUUACCGACAAGACCUCUACCGCUCUACGUAUUUUGGUUGGUGGUGCUAGUCCAUUUAGCCAUUUAUAAAGCAUUCGAACUACACCAAAUGUACAAAGCUACCCAAGAAAUUCACCUCCAGCUUCCAAGCAUUCUUCAAAAUGUCGGACGAAAUACCCCACGGUUUCGACACUCACCUCCAUUUAUUACAUUACUACAAAGCCUGAACCCACUUCGAUACUAUGAACCACCAAUUGCUGCCCAACCACCUAGAAUUCGCUCGACACCUACGCUCACAUUGCCACCUGCGCCAAUACCAUGUGCACCACCGCCAGGUGUCUCAACAUUCCCUGAUGCACCAUUUCAAUAUCCACCUUCUAGGAGAUAUGAAGAAGUUGCAAAUUUGCCAAAUUCAACAUUAUGCCAAACUCAUCGGGCAGUAAUUGCCUUAAUUCCAAGGGAUAAUGGCGGCACUAAUGCGGUCGUCGUUCUUCGAGGCGUCGAGGUAAAUAUAGGUGGCUUUGAACCAGGAACUUCGCCAAUCUUUGAAGUUUCCCCGAAUAAUGGAGAAAAUAGCACAAUCCGGCUGUACUUGUGCGAGCGGGAUUCAGAAAGCGAUAUAGUGUUGCCACCUCCUACGUAUACAGAAGCAACUUCAGGAGUAGGGAAGGAUCUAUUUCCACAAGUUUCGAUGUCAACCAUUUAAUUGAGUAUUGUACAAUAGUGACCAGAUUGAGAUAUUUUAAUUUCAUGGCUUUUGGCCGAGAAUGUAUACAAAUAUCUAACUAAAUAUUGGGGUAAAUUUAAUGGGCCUUGAAUUUAUCUUACGUUUUCCGGAAAAAAUAUCUUAAUUUGUAAGGAGCUUAAAAUUGAAAAAAAAUCAGAAAUGUCGCCCCGAUAAUAAAAUUUUGAAUUGUUUUACUUCAAAAUAUUCUACCCAUAUAUUUACGUCGAUAAGUAAGAAUUUUAAUGAUGGAAAAUCCAACAAAGUAUGUACAAGCUGUGUCAAAAACAAUGUAACAUGAUACAUAUGUGGUCAGACCAAUAAUUAAGGGUAAGUUAAGA